AUGGUUGACCCCAAGCGACACAUCAACAUCCUUUCCCCGGAAGAGCAAGCGUUUAUGGAAGAGUGUGAAAAUGAGUUUACGGGCCGAUUUACGGAUCUGGAUGAAGAAUUUAUGGCGCACUGUCAGCGAGAAUCGAAACCUCCGCCAGUAGUUCAUCCGUGGAAUAGUCGCAGAGGUGGUGGCGGUGGUGGUGGUGGUAACGGCCCGGAUCGAGGCAGAGGAAGAAGUGGCGGAAAUGUUGGAUGGCAAAGUGAAAGGCAUUUUAACGAUAGGAGAGGAGGUAGGGCUCGCUACUCUUCGUAUGGCAACAACUAUCGUCGAAGUGAAUAUCGUUCCGCGCGGGACGAUAUCUAUCAAAAUCACAGGAACCAGCAUUCAUCGCGCACGGAUUAUAGACCGUCGCCGAAUGAUCAUUCCGACGAUCGUCGAUAUAAUCAGGAAGCGAGACGUUAA